AUGUUUCUGCGACAAGCAGCAGCUAACCUGAUCAAGAGGCGUUUCCGUUUGCCCUCUCAAACUGUAUCUUCAACUUCCGGAGCAACUACCAUUCCACUCUCCAGCCGUACCAAAUUUUCUUAUCAAUAUCAUGGUCCUAAAGAUUUUAGUUGGAGGAUGAAUUAUAGUCACAGGGACCCUCGUGUAUGGCUUUUUCUAUCUGGAAAUGCAGCAAUUAUUCUUGCGAUACAUUCCAACACUGUCUUGGCAAAAGAUGCAUCAAUUGAAUCAAGUCCUGAAAAUGACAUGGAAGGGGCUGAAGCCAUGGGAUUAAGCAAGAUUGAGGACGGCUCUGGGAAAUUGGAGGAAGCUGAAAAGCUUUUCCUCUUAGCUUUACAAGAAGCUAAAGAAGGUUUUGGGGAGAGGGAUCCGCAUGUUGCAUCUGCAUGCAACAACCUAGCAGAGCUCUAUAGAGUGAAUAAGGCAUAUAAUAAAGCAGAGCCAUUGUACUUGGACGCCAUCAGCAUACUUGAGGAAUCAUUUGGUCCUGAAGAUAUACGAGUUGGGUCUGCCUUUCACAACCUGGGGCAGUUCUAUAUUGUGCAACGGAAGCUGGAAGAAGCUCGCAUUUGCUAUGAGCGUGCUUUGAAGAUCAAGGCCCGUGUUCUGGGUCUUAAUCAUACAGAUUAUGCAGAUACUAUGUAUCAUCUUGGAAUGGUGCUACAUCUCCAAGGAAAAGGAAAGGAUUCGGAGGCCCUUAUUCAGGAUUCUAUUAGAAUACUCGAGGAUGGUGGCCAAGGGGAGUCAAUAAUGUGUGUCAAGAGACUGCGAAAUCUUGCUCAGAUAUAUAUGAAAUCCAACCGUCUUGAGGAGGCUGAGAAGGUACAAAGAAAGAUUCUGCAUAUAAUGGAAUUGACAAAGGGAUGGAAUUCAUUGGACACGGUAAUAACAGCUGAAGGGCUCGCAUUGAUCCUACAAUCGGCUGGGAGCUUAAAGGAAGCUGAAGAGCUUCUUGAAAGGUGUCUUGAUGCUCGGAAAACCUUACUUCCUGAAGACCAUAUUCAGAUUGGUGCAAACAUGCUUCACAUUGCUAGAGUGGCAAUGCUCAAUUCCAACCAACUAAAGAAGGUGGACACUUCUAAAGCAAUUUGUGAGCUUGAGAAGGCCAGAGAUAUGUUAAACGAGUCCAUAAGGAUAGCAUGGUCUUCUUUAGAUAAAUCAAUGAGGCAAAAUAGAAAGAUACAUAGUUAUGGAGCAUCAGGUGACAUUGGAAAGAAUUUUCGUGUGGCAUUGGUCAUACUGUUGCAAGCGCUUGAUGCUCUUGGCCUUUUAGCGAUCAAUAAGCAAGAGUUACAGGAGUCAAAGGAUGAGUGUUUACCUAACUCCGAAGCUGAGAAUGCACUAUUAAGAUGCAUUUCUACUUACAAAGAGUUUGUAACUGAGAAGUCAAUUGCUGAGUUUCCUGAAGUAAAGGCAGAGUAUCUUAAAUGUUUGAAGCAUCUUUUGAGCUUAAAUGGUAAUAGCACUACCCAAACAUCACAGCAAUCUACCAGAGUCAAUUUGCAAGAUCUGAGAGAUGAAAUCAAGCGUCUGGAACUUCAAAAGUCUCCUUCUAGGAAUCGUAAAAUCUAA